AUGAGAAAUAAAGAACAAAUAUCUUUACAAAAAUUCACCAAUAAUAAUGAUGAUAGCGGUAGUGGUAGUAACAACGUUCCAUUAUGCAAGAAAAAAUACCUUAAAAGAAAUUUUAAUAAUACUCAACCUGAACAAACAAUCGGAAAGUCUCAAAUAAUUGGUUGUGAUAAAAAAGAGAACAACAUUGACACUAAUACGACCACAUUUGAUAAUACAGAGAACAACAUUGACACUAAUACAACCACAUUUGAUAACACAGAGAACAACAUUGGUGAAAGGAGAAGAACUAAACGUCGCUAUAGGGAAGCUAUUAAAGGAAUAACUAAGCCAGCCAUCAGGAGACUUGCACACUCUCGUAAUAUAUUGAAAAAAUUCCUCAAAACUGUGAUUAAAGACGUGGUUGUGUAUACAGAACACGCAAAUCGAAGCACAGUCACGCUAUUAGAUGUUGGUAAGUUAUAG